CCCAACAAAUACUCCCUCUCCCUCUCUCCCUUCUUACAUGAAAACUCAAACCCAAUAUCAACCACUCCGUCUUUCUCUCUCCUCUCUUUUUCUAAGAAGAAGACAAAGCUUCCCCUUUGAUUUCUUCAUCAGAUCUCUUCGUUUUACAGCAACACCCACUAAUGCCCCAUCCAAAAACAGCCUUCUGAACAUUCCUUUUAUACAACAUUCAAACUAUAAGUACAUAUAUUUUUGUAGAUAAUACUCGCAAUAUAGGAACACAAAUUAGAAGAAAAGCAAAGGGUUUUUUUUUUUUUUUUUUUUCGCGUUUGUGUUUUUUACGAAACAAAGCAAAUUUUGUAAGUAAAUGAGGUGUAAAAAGCAUCUUACCGACCCGAGUAGCAGCGUCGGCGUCUGCGCUGCUUGUCUCCGGGAGCGUCUUCUGGCGCUCAUCGCCGCCCAGGCUCAGGCACACGCCCAGGCGCAACAUGCUCAAAUAGCGCAAGCUGCUGCUGCUGUUGCUGAGGAUCGUCGGAGACCUGACCCGCCCCCGCUGAUUUUCCCUCGGUCAGUUUCUCCUUACGUCAGUCGACGGAAAUCUGACGCCAACAGUGCCAUGUGGAUCCACCACCAACGAUUCUACAGCACUCCUCAGGUGGGCCCUACCUACAGCACUACAACCACCACUGAUUUUGAAGCCGCAAGAUCUUUCAAAAAGAAAAACAGGUUCUCGCUUUUUUCGAAUCUGUUCAGGUCGAGAUCAGAGAAAUUCAAUUCGGAUCCUAGGGUUCAUUACCAUCGGGAUUCGUGCGAUGAGCCAUCCUCGUCAUCGUCAUCCCCGUCUUGGUUCUCGGCAAUAUUUGCUGUUCGUCGGAAAAAGUUGCAAUCUUCGAGGACAUCUCAUGUAGAAGAAUUCGGCCAAUUCGGUCCCGGCGAUCGGAGAUCAUGCAGGAUCAUAGGUCGGGGAAUGUCGCCAGCGGUUGAAGCGGAUUCGGGAGACGAGUGUGAUAGAUCGCCAUCGGGAAGCUCGCCGGAGGUUUCACCACGGUGGAGGAGGACACCGACUGCGGCGAGAAGAGCAAGGACCGGACCAAGGAACGUGUCGGGAUUAGCGUUUUGCUUGAGCCCGCUAGUGAGGGCGAGUCCGAACCUGCACUGGAACCAGAAGGGCGGAUUGCCGCCCGACAUGUCGUUUACUGGCGAAGGUAGGCCUCCCCUGGCCACCGCGGCGGGGCUUUCCGCGAAUAGGUCCAAGAAGCUUGCUGAUUUUGGCAGAGUCAAUCAUAACCGUUGAGUACGGGUAAACCGUUGACAUUUGAUCAAAGUGAUUCUUACGAUACUAAAAGUAUUAUUUUAUCAAACUACGGUUUUGCCAUUGCUUUUCUGCGGUUUUACCUCUGUGCUUCGUAAAUUAUUAGCUUUUUUUUUUUUUUUUUUUUGUAAAA